AUGAAAUCUCAAUCAUUAUUAUUGUACCUUUUAGCGUUAACUCAAUUUCUAACAAUAACAUUUGCGGAACCUGUUAAUAAACAAUGUAUCGAUUAUCCAAAUCCUUUAAAUCCCGCUCAGUUUGAAGUAAUAGAUUGUCCCCCUGUUAAGAAUGAUAAUGAACCUAAAGUUAAGCGUAAAAUCCAAAAUUUCUUUAAAGUAGAUCUCAAUUGCCGUCAUACCGCAGCCGUAUGUAACAAAAUAAAAAAAGCCUUUGAUGACGCUGGAAAAGAAAUAUCAAAAGUAUUGAAGUUAAAAAAGCAAAUCAAUGUGAAUGCUACUUAUGAAAGUUUUUCAUACAGUGAAAGUAAUCUUUUAGGUUCUGCUUAUCCCGCGCGAAAUGUAUUUCUAAUCUCAGAUGAUAAGAUUACAAGACUUUAUCCUCAAGCUCUUGUAAAACAAUUUUCCUUAAAUGUACAUCCUGCAUAUAAUUCACAUGAUAUUAAUGCAAGAUUUAAUGCAGAUUUUGAUUGGUAUUUUAAAGCUAAUAAUGUAGAAAUCAAGCCUAAUCAAUACGAUUUUUAUGUAGUUAUAUUGCAUGAACUUUUACAUGGACUUGGAUUUAUAUCAAGUUGGAAUACUUAUCUUGAAACUAGUACUUAUCAACCUAUCACUGGUCUUACUCCAAACUACUAUUUCUACGGCAAUAAAUUUGGCGGAUUUGUAGAAAACAUAUUUGAUAGAUAUUUAAAACUCAUAGAAAAUAAUAAAAAAAUCCCGUUAUCAGAUUACACUGCCCAGUUAAAUAAAUCUGUACCUUCUUUGACUCCAUUUAAUACUGAUUUAGGAUUUACUACUAUAGUAAAAUCUUCUCCAAAAUGGAAAUACGCAAAGUCGGCACUUAAAGCAGCAACUUCCAAUAAACUAUUAUUUACACCAGCGAAACGCGCAAGUUGGAAAAAUGAUAUUUAUUUAGAAGCUAGUCUUAAACCUUUUGUAUCAGGUUCUAGUAUAAGUCACGUUAGUCAAUCAAGAUAUAGAAAAACUUCUGACUUUGUAAUGACAUACCAGCAAUUUCCUGGAGAAUCGGAAAAAUUUUUAAUUAGAAGAGGUGGAAAUUUCAGAUCUCCAAUUGGACCCAGAAUUAUUUCUAUACUUGAAUCGAUUGGAUAUGCAACAGAUGCUUAUCCUAAUCCCAUUAAACCUAUCUACAUAAAUAUUUAA